AGUAGUCAUACGACGCCCCUCAACCGUGUCGGAUGAGUUUCUAUUUAUCUCUUCUCUGGAUUCUUAGUUACCGUCAUCACCAUAUUUACACAUAUUAUAUUAUUGUGACGUUAAUGUGAUUUGUGUGCUUGUAGUUUUUUAUUAUUACAGCACUCUGAUAUAUAUAUACAUAACAACACAAAGUGUGUACAGUGAUCUUAAUCAUAAUUUACCCAUUUCUUCUCUUCUGCUCCACAUUUGCGCUGUUGUCUGCCCGAAGAAGUGUCGAGUUGAACAUUUUAGCAUUAAGCCACUUGGUCAAUUUACUCAUUUCUUCUUUUCUUCUCUAAGUAACAGGAAAUUUUUACUGUAUCCUCAUUAUUAGUAUCUGAUAAUUGUCGCGAGUACGUGAUAAAUAAAUAGGUGCGUGAAUGGUGGAUAGUGUCAGUGGCAAGUGCUAGUGGCCGCGACCAACCAAAGAUUUCUCGCGGUGUAUCAACACGCUGAGAUGCCGUGGCUGCACGGACUACAGACUCACGGCUAGCUAUAGGAGUGGCAGUCCCGGUGACUGGACGUUACGAUGCGCACGUUGCUGCUGCUGAGAUUGGUGUUUGUGGGAGUGGGCGUGCUGGUUACUGAUAUCACGACGGCAACUUUGCUUAAACCUGAUAACAACGACAUUGCUCAAAUUAAUAUUAAUACCAACACCAAUAGCAAUAGAAAUAGUGAUACUAUCGAUAGCAACACCAUCGACAACAGCAUGGACAGCGAGGAGAGACAGCGGAUAACAGCCAGCGUCGAAGCCAGCCUGCUGUCAUUGCUCGGGUUCACCAGCAGACCCAAACCAAAAGGCAAAUCCCAUGUUCCUGAGUCCCUGAAGAAGUUGUACGCGCGGCAAAAUUCAAUCGCCAGUUCAAAUAUCGCGAAGAAAGGAUUCCACACGAGAUCAGCAAACACUGUGCGGUCUUUUUUACAUAUCGAAAGUCCGCUUGAUGAUAAAUUCCAAUCAUCGAAUCGUUUUCGCUUGUCGUUUGACCUGAGCAGCAUCCCAACGGCGGAGAGUCUGAAAGCCGCGGAGUUGAGUUUGACGAGAGUUUCAGUACCAGAAGAAAAAAAUACUAAAAAAUUAGGACGUAUUUUAGUUCAUGAUAUUUUACGUCCAGGUGUUAAGGGACACAGCAAACCAUUGUUGAGACUCAUCGACAGCCGGGUUAUUGACAUGACCAGCAAUACGACGAUAAGUUUGGACGUCCAUCCAGCGGUGUCUCGGUGGCUUCAAGGAGACGGCAACAAUCACGGUCUGCUGAUCCAGGUGACCAGCAGUAAAAGCAACAGCAAAAACAGUAAACAUUCCCACGUGAGACUAAAGCGCAGUGCUGAUGAAUCCCAUGACACGUGGGCAUCAUCCCGGCCCACAUUGUUCACUUACACCGACGACGGACGCAGCAAAAUGGCCACUGCCUCCGAGAUGAUGGACCGCCGGGCGCGACGUGCCGCUUUGCGUAAAAACCGACGCAAAGACGGCCGCGAAAACUGCCGAAGACAUCCUCUCUACGUGGACUUCGUCGACGUCGGAUGGAAUGACUGGAUCGUAGCACCUCCAGGUUACGACGCGUUCUACUGCAACGGCGACUGCCCGUUCCCUUUGUCCGACCAUUUGAACUCGACGAAUCACGCCAUCGUCCAGAAUCUCGUCUACUCGACGAACCCCGCGAUGCUUCCCCGAGCCUGCUGCGUGCCGACCGCGCUGAGCUCCAUAUCCAUGUUGUACCUAGACGAAGAGAACAAAGUUGUGCUUAAAAACUACCAAGACAUGGCAGUGAUUGGUUGCGGCUGUCGCUGAUCUCAGUGUUCUAUUAAACUUUUGCGCAACACACGAGGCAUUUGGGAUUUAGUAAUAACUCGUAUUGAUAAAUAAAGUAGUAUAUUAAUAUAAAUAUCUAUCUAUAUAUACAUAUGAGCAUAAGAGAUGUGUUUACAAGUCUUGUGUGUACAGCUGUACAGUAAAGCUGGCUCUUAAAUGACUCGACUGGAUAUAUAGGAUAUAGAGUCACAUGACAACUGGACAAGAGGACAUACAAGAGGCAGUGAUGACGUUGGUGCGUGUUUGCCACUGUUACUUGCUUUUCCAUUCUCUCCCUACCACAUACAUACAUACAAUACAUAAAUAUAUAAAUACAUAUAUCUAUAUACCAUCAGCAUCAGCAUCAGCAGCAGUAACCAACGUAUUGCUCCAUCUCAGCAUCUCAUAUCAGCGACUUUGGCUUGUAUAUUGCUCGUUAGACCGAGCCCCGUACCGAGUACAAGAGAACGGGCGUCUCGCGAGAGCCCAGAGUGCGUGACGCUGCCGCAUUCUAUACACUUUCAGUAAUCAACAAACUCAAUAUAAAACAACUUAUGUACGUAUGUACAUAUGUAUUGAACCAAGGUGCCUGGUUGUGAGCUGCUGGACCCUGUUGCUGCUGCUGCUGCUGCCUCUGAGUCUGCCUUUACCAACGUGUUGAUCUUGUCUUCUUGUCUUCUUGCUUACUCGCGCUCCGCAGAAAAUAUAUAUAUAUAUUAUAUACUACUUAUACAUAAAUUUAUAUGUGUGUACGUUUUAUUGCUCGUUCAUUCUCGGGCUAAUGUAUAUAAGAGAGCUCUCUACGCCGAACCUCCUUGGCUUGUAUAAUUUAUUAAUAAGGCGAGAGAAAAACCGGUAUGAGACACUGCGACUGCAUAUCAUGUGUGUGUAUGUUAUAAGCUUGUCCUCUGGCUAGUGUGUAUAGUGGGUAACGUUUCAAAUACCGAAAAACACUCAUGGUAAUUAGGAACGCUUGAGAGCUGAAUAUUAUUUUUUAUUAUUAUGUAUUUUUUUUAUUCUACGUAUCAUUAUUAUUAAUAUUAUUAUUAUUAUUAUUAUUGUAACUAUUAUUAUUAUACACGAGUAUAUGCAGAUGUAUUACCUGGUUUAAAUACUUCUUUUUUCAUUUAUUAAUAUACUCGUUGCCCACUUCUAUGCAGUUAUUUUCCGCACUCGGGAUCCAGUUAUGCUAUUCACGCUGGUCUUUGAUCGAGUGCUGGAUGAUAUGACGGCUUCUAAUAAAACGUCAGUGUGUAAAUAUAUAUAUUUAUAUACAUAAAUAUAUAUUUAGUAUCUGGAAAUUAUUAAAAUUAAUUAUUGAUUAUGUAAAAAUAUGGAUUUACUUUUCUUUUUUUAAACCCAGAGGUAUCGUAGUUUUGGCGGUUUUUUUAAAACUAAAAAAUUUAUGACACGGUGGUUUUCUUAUAUAAAUAUCAGGAGGUUUUCAAGUGAUCGGAUAUUUAUGUGAUUUUUCCGAGUCAUUUUUACCCAGUAGUUCUGUACUUUGUAUUAGCCGCGAAAUGAGGCCGCGAAAUAUUCAAAUAACAACAGAAUAUUUUUAUUAUUUUAAUUACUACGCUUUUAAUUAUUUUUUUUUCUAAUUAUUAUUAUUGUCAAUGUAAAUUGUACCUGCUUAAGGAUUUACUAUUAUUUAUUAUUAUUAUUCGCUUGACAUUUUUUUUUGCACGAGAAUGAUAAAUUUUGUAAAAAAAUUUAUUAUUAAAUAGAUGCUGUAUAUUUGUACAGAGUAUAGAAUUUAAUUGAUUUAUAUUUCUAAUUAACUACUUUUAUAAUUAAUAAUAAUAAUAUUAAUAAUAAUUGAAUAAGUUUUAAAAUCAAAUAUCUUUCCUCAUAAUCCUGUACCUAUUCCUCCCUCUCCUCUAAUAUAACUUUGAUUGUAUAAUGUGUGAAUAAGCGGAAAGUCGUUGUGUAAAGAUUGUAAAUAAUUCAUUAUAUUUGUAAAUUAUUAAGUAAUGUAUAUUUUUUAAAGCGCAUAUCUUACGAUUUAUGAUAAAUUACAUUAAAAAAUAAAUAACAAAGAAUAUAAAUGUCUUUGGUGCAUGUAAAUUGCAAAUAAAUUGGAGUAACUUUAAAACAAACAUUUUUUCAUUUAUAUAUACAUACUAUUUAUAAUUAAUUAUUAAUUAUUAAUCAAUCAAUUUAUUUUAUUUAUUUAUUGUAGACUUAGUUACUAUUAUUUACCAUAUUAAUUUUUAAAAAUCAUCUCGACAUCAUAUUGUAUAAC